ACAUAAUAUUACGUGUAAAAACAUCGGACCAUUUCGGGAGUUGCUGAUGACAUCAUCGAUUGCGCUUUUAUUUACAUCGACGCGCGUUCACGUGUGCGGGAUGCGCGUUCACUCGUCGCCCAUCAAACUGUCCCGGCUUGUUCGCAGCUUCAGCAGGAGUUUGUGGUGGAGAAACCCACAUUUACACGGAUUUACUGCACAGCUACUGAAAGAUGUGGAAGUCAGUGGUGGGCCACAAUGUGAGCAUGAAGGUGGCAGCAGAGGGGGACGACUGGGAGACAGACCCCGACUUUGAGAAUGACGUGUCGGAGCAGGAGCAGAGGUGGGGGGCCAAAACCAUCGAGGGCUCGGGACGUAAAGAGCACAUCAGCGUUGCAGAGCUCAGAAGCAAAGUGGCUGUGGAGCAUGAGCAGGUGAAGCAGAAGGAGCACGUUCCCAAAGCGUCAUACGGAUACGGAGGGAAGUUUGGAGUGGAGAAGGACCGAAUGGACAAGGCUGCUCUCGGUCACGACUACGUGGCUCAAGUCGAGCAGCACUCCUCCCAGAAAGAUGCGACAAAAGGGUUCGGAGGGAAAUACGGGGUUCAGAAAGACCGAGUGGAUAAGUCUGCUAUGGGCUUUGAAUACAAAGGGGAAGUGGAGCAACAUGGAUCCCAGAAAGAUUACUCAAAGGGAUUUGGAGGAAAGUACGGCGUUGAGAAGGAGAAGGUGGACAAAGCAGCUCUGGGCUACGACUAUAAAGGAGAAACAGAGAAGCAUCAGUCCCAAAAAGGUGAGCUCAAGUUGUUCAGAUUGCCGGUUUUGGUUUUGGUUUUGCUUAAUUCUGCUUUUGCCUUUUCAUCAGACUAUGCAAAGGGGUUUGGAGGGAAGUACGGCGUGGAGACGGAGAAGGUGGACAAAGCAGCUCUGGGCUACGACUAUAAAGGAGAAACAGAGAAGCAUCAGUCACAGAGAGAUUACUCGAAGGGUUUUGGAGGGAAGUUUGGCGUCGAGAAGGAGAAGGUGGAUAAAGCUGCUCUGGGCUACGAUUAUAAAAGCGAGACGGAGAAACAUCAGUCGCAAAAAGAUUAUUCAGCAGGCUUUGGGGGUCGUUACGGAGUGCAGGCAGACCGUAUGGACAAGAGCGCAGCGGGAUUCUCAGACAUCGACUCUCCGAGCUCUGCCUAUGAAAAGACGCAGCCGACAGAGGCCUCCGGCGCAGGAGCAGGCAAACUGAAGGCCCGUUUCGAGAACAUGGCCAAGGCUUCGGACGAGGAGAACAGGAGGAAGGCGGAGGAAGAAAGAGCGAGAAGACAAGCCAGAGAGAGCAGAGAGAGAGAGGAGGCCAGACGCAGGCAGCAGGAGCAGAUCAGCAGAGAGGAGGAGAGUCGGCCCCCACCUGUUCCAGAUGUGGAGCCAGAGUACGACAUGCCUCCACCAGAAAUCCACCCACACAUGCCGGAGAUACAAGAAACCCCAGAACCUGAACCAGAACCUGAACCAGAACCUGAACCAGAGGAGGAGCCGGAGUACGAAGAGCCCCCAGUGUACGACGAGCCCCCAGCGUUGCCGCCUCGCUCAGACGAUUUCCUCGACGCUCCGCCUCUUCCUGUGAGGACAGCAGAGGUGGAGGAGGACGGCGGGGAUUACGAGGAGCUGGCCGAACCGCCUCCUCCCAUGCCAACAGACGGGGAUAACGACUAUGAAGACCUGACAUGUGGCCAGCAGGCAAGAGCCAUUUACGACUACCAGGGAGAGGCAGACGACGAGAUCUCCUUCAAUCCAGACGACGUCAUCACCAACAUAGAGAUGAUCGACGAGGGCUGGUGGAAGGGACAGUGUCACGGACGCAUCGGCCUGUUUCCGGCCGCUUACGUCGAGCUGAUGUAGCUUCACGUCGACUCAGGUUUCAGCAGAAGAAAUGGAUUUAUUUCUGUAUUUAUAGGAUGAAUCUUAGCGAGUUUUUUUUGAUCAGCUGAUUGAGUCAUUUUAGGAUGUGUCAGGAUUGAUGUAUAAAGUUUCUAAAGGUAGUGAGAGGGAAUAAACCCGUAUUAAUGAUGAGAAUUUUUCACAUUUUAGCUGCGAUGAACAGAUUAGAGAUAAUAAAAUAUAUUUAAAAGGAAA